AUGCAAUCCACGCUAUGUAUAGCAUGGGCGGUCUGUCUUUAAAAGCGGACGAGUCUGGCAUAGUAAAAAAGGUAUAAAGCAAAUAAUUAUUAAAACAAAUAAAAAAUAACAAAACCAAAAGAAAGAGGGAAAUUAAAUUUCUUCAUUUCCUUUUUAUUUCCUGUUUACCCUACAUAUACUCAACAAAAUCAAACUAAAAUGGUUAAGAAAGCUUUGUCCUAAAAAAACAUGGUGCAAACUUGCUCCAGAAUCACCCGCUCCCAAUCCCAGAUAUUCAACUUAGAAGAGGCUUCAAGAUAAUCUAACAAGAAAAUCUCAUCACAAAAUUAUCUUGAGGAUUAUGAAGAGUCUUUGAGCUAAGCCCUAUCUGAAAAUUUUGAAAACUUCGAUCAAACAUCCAUUUAGGCCUCUAAUGGGGGAUACAGUGAUCAAGAUGAUUAUUUAUUCUCUGAUAAUGAAUCCACUGCCUCAUUUAGAUAUUGCAACAAGUCUAUAUCAAAGAGUUCAAAGAGCUCCAAGUAAGCUAAAAGCGGAAAGCUCAGAUCUUCCCGCUCUCUUAGAACUGCUACUGAGUUCUUAGAAGAUAAAGAAGAAUCUAAUGAAGUUUCAACAUAUGAUUAUAAUAUCUUGAGAUUCUAAAACUUAAAGAGAAAGAAAACCUUUAGAAUUUACUGCUUCAAUGAAUAGGACUUAAAGAUACCCUAAAAAUUCUAAGAAAGCAUUGUAUAAAAUGAAUCUGAUGAUGACAAAGAAAGUGAUAAUGAACAAGUUAAUAACGCAAUCAAUCAUGUUCACAAAUCUCUUUUGGAAGCAAUAGAAGAAGAAAAUGCUUAUUGA